AGGCCAUCGUCCUCGUCUUCAUCUUGGUCCUCGUCGUCGUCUUGGUCCUCGACACUACCCAGAGUGACGCUGACCACUUCCUGUCCAUCUUGUCACUCAGCAGCAUCAUGAGCCCCAAGAAUGUCGUCUUCAAGAAGAUUUGCAAGGACAAGUCGGUGGGCGUGUACAUGGGGAGGCGGGACUUUGUGGACCGUGUGGACUCUGUGGAUCCAGUAGACGGCGUCAUCGUGAUCGACCGCGAGGCCCUGCAGGGGAGGAAAGUGUUUGUCACGCUGUCAUGCACCUUCCGCUACGGCCGCGACGACGUGGACGUGAUGGGCGUGGCCUUCCGGCGCGAGCUUUACCUGUCCACGCGGCAGGUGUACCCGCCCCUGCAGGACCGCGAGCAGGGCGUCCACACGCGCACACAGGCCAAGCUCUUGCGGAAACUGGGCGAUGACUCCUACCCCUUCUUCUUCGAGUUCCCCGACAACCUGCCCUGCUCUGUCGCCAUGCAACCGGCACCCCACGACGAUGGAAAGCAAUGUGCAGUGGAGUUUGAGGUGAAAGCGUUCAGCGCCGAAAGUCAGGAUGAAAAAAUUCGCAAACGGAGCUCGGUCAAGCUGAUGAUCAGGAAGGUGCAGUAUGGCCCCGAGAGCCAGGGGGUCUCUGCUGUGGAGAUCUCACGGGACUUCCCCGUGUCGGACAAGCCGCUGCACGUGAUGGCUCGGCUGGACAAAGAGGUUUUCUACCACGGUGAGACAAUGAAGCUGCACCUCAACGUGGUCAACAACUCCAGCAAGAACGUCAAGAACGUGGUGGUGUCGGUGGAUCAGGUGGCCACGGUGGUGCUGUACUCCAACGACAGCUACGUCAAAUGUGUCGCCAUCGAAGAAGGGGAUACGGUGUCUCCAGGGGCGACGCUCGAAAAAGACAUCCUGCUGCUCCCCCUGCUGGCCAACAACAGGGAGCGGCGCGGCAUCGCCCUGGACGGAAAACUCAAGCACGAAGACACCAACUUGGCAUCGUCCAGCAUCGUCAAGUCAGGCGUCCUGAAGGAGGUUCUGGGCAUCAUGGUGUCCUACAAGGUCACGGUCAAGCUCAUCAUCGCAGGCAUGAUGAGCUCAAGCGAGGUUUCUCUGGAGCUUCCCUUCAAACUGAUGCACCCUAAACCUGACACAGGUGAGGAUCAUGCCACUCAUCUAGAAAAUAUUAGCGAGGAGCUUGUGUUCCAAGAGUUCAAGCGAUCGUACCUUCGAGGCAUGAUCGGCGAUGACGACGAUGACGAAGACGAGGAAGGAAACGUGUCAGGCGGUGACGACAGGGCGCCCAAAGAAAAGUGAAAAUGCCUGCUCAGAGUUUCGUGGUGGGCUAACUGAGCUGCCUGCAAAUUAGCAACAAUAAGGAAAUAUUUUUUGUUUUAAUUAUUAUGCUCACGCGUUACAUAUAUGAACAUGCCAUAGUAAUACCUGAAGUCAGUUGAAAAGGAUUGGCAGGCACCAGUGACGUGCGGUGAGGUUCAUGA